AUGUCGAGCAUUUCUCGUUCUCUCAACCUUCUGGCGCGCACCAGCCGGCAAUCCCUGCUCCGCCCGCGCGCCAUCAACCCUGUCCGCCAUGUCUUCAGCAGCGACAAGAUGACCGCUCGUGGCCUUGCAACUGCUUUUGAGCGUACCAAGCCCCAUGUGAACAUUGGUACCAUUGGCCACGUUGAUCACGGCAAGACCACCCUGACUGCCGCCAUCACCAAGCAUCAAGCCUCCAAGGGCCUGGCCAACUUCCUCGAGUAUGGUGCCAUUGACAAGGCUCCUGAAGAGCGCAAGCGUGGUAUCACCAUCUCCACUGCCCACAUUGAAUUCCAGACCGAUACUCGCCACUAUGCCCACGUCGACUGCCCUGGUCACGCCGAUUACAUCAAGAACAUGAUUACUGGUGCCGCCAACAUGGAUGGCGCCAUUGUUGUCGUUGCUGCUUCUGACGGUCAAAUGCCCCAGACCCGUGAGCACUUGCUGCUUGCCCGUCAAGUCGGCGUCCAGAAGAUCGUUGUUUUCGUCAACAAAGUCGAUGCUGUUGAGGAUCCUGAGAUGCUUGAGCUCGUUGAGCUCGAGAUGCGCGAGCUGCUCUCCACCUACGGCUUCGAGGGCGAAGAGACCCCUAUUGUCUUCGGCUCCGCCCUGUGCGCCCUCGAGGAUCGCCGCCCCGACAUUGGCUCCGAGCAAAUUGAGAAGCUCAUGACCGCUGUUGACACCUGGAUUCCCACCCCCGAGCGCGACCUCGACAAGCCCUUCCUCAUGUCCGUUGAGGAGGUCUUCUCCAUUCCCGGUCGUGGUACUGUCGCUUCCGGCCGUGUUGAGCGUGGCCUUCUGAAGAAGGACACCGAGGUUGAGAUUGUUGGUGGUAGCGAGGCUCCCAUCAAGACCAAGGUUACCGAUAUUGAGACUUUCAAGAAGACCUGCGAUGAAUCUCGCGCUGGUGAUAACUCUGGUCUCCUGCUCCGUGGUGUUCGCCGCGAGGACAUCCGCCGCGGUAUGGUCAUUGCUGCCCCCGGUUCCACCAAGGCUGCCCAGAAGUUCCUGGUCUCCAUGUAUGUCCUGACUGAAGCUGAGGGUGGUCGUCGCACCGGUUUCGGUGCCAACUACCGCCCCCAGGUCUACCUCCGCACUGCUGAUGAGCCUGGUGACCUCACCUUCCCCGGUGAGGAUCAGUCCAUCCGUGUCCAGCCCGGUGACAACGUUGAGAUGGUUCUCGCUACCCACCGUCCCGUCGCUGCUGAGGCCGGCCAGCGCUUCAACAUUCGUGAGGGUGGUCGCACCGUCGCCACUGGUCUGAUCACUCGUGUGCUGGAGGAGUAA